AGCCGAAGAUGUCGGCUCGGUCAUGUGAUCAGCUGUGUCGAAUCACAGCUGAUCAGAUGGCACAUAUAAUCAGUGUGCCCUGAUGAUCAGUGUGGCCACAGAAGUGCCACCUGUCAGUGUCCAUCAGUGCCAGCUGCCAGUGCUGAACAGUGCCACGUGCCAGUGCCACAUCAAUGCCACAUAUCCGUUCCUACCAGUGCACAUCAAUGCCACAUAUCAGUGCCCAUCUGAGCUGCCUUUCAGUGUCACCCAUCAGUACCAGUCAGUGCCACCUAUCAAUGCCAAUCAGUGCUGCCAAUCAGUGCCUAUCAGUGUGCAUCAGUGCCACCUAUCAGUG